ACUUCACAUCACAAGCAUUCGUCGAUAUCCUUAUUCGCUAGCAAGAUGUCGACCGUCGAAUUAAAUCCAAAACCUUUGCGGGUUUCUCCUUUCAUCAAGUUCUGCCGCUGGAGUCUGCUCCUUACUGGAAUUGCUUAUGGUGCAUUUCAUCAAAGAAGAUUUAAGAGAAAAGAGGAUGCUCGUAGAGCAGAGGAGCUGAGACUUAAACCUAUGCGUGAUGCCAAGCUAGCUGAGGAGAAGAAAGCUGCUUUAAUAGCGGAACAAAAAAUGCUUGAAGAGCUUUUCACUCCAUCCAAGGGAAAAGUAUAA